GGCGACUGCUCGCUAAGCCUGCCCUAUUUAUAUAUUAGUGCAAGCCCAAUGGACAGUCACAUCAAAUGUCGUAAGUUGCUACAUAUAGCCAAAUCACACACAUAAGAUCACUCAAAUGUCCAUUUCAAACGCAAAAGCUGCCGAUGCCGCCGCGGCAGCCAAGGAGGCAUCGCACCAGCUGGCGACGCUUCCGGCAUCGGCGCGCAACGACGCCCUCACUGCCGUGCACUCGGCCCUGUCCGCCGCAAAGGACGAUAUCCUGGCCGCCAACGCCCGGGACAUGGAGCAGGCCCGCAAGGCGGCCGCGGACGGCUCUCUGAGCAGCAGCCUCGUCUCCCGCCUGGACCUGGCCAAGCCGGGCAAGUGGGACGACAUGCUCAAGGGCAUCCUCGACGUCCGCGACCUCGAAGACCCCGUCGGCCGCGUCACCCUGCGCACCAAGAUCGACCAAGGGCUCGAGCUGGAGCGAGUGACCUGUCCAAUCGGCGUGCUGCUCAUCAUUUUUGAGGCCCGCCCAGAGGUCAUCGCCAACAUCGCCGCCCUGGCCAUCAAGUCUGGCAACGCCGCCAUCCUUAAGGGCGGCAAGGAGUCGACCGAGUCCUUCGUCGCGAUCGCGAGCGUCAUAGCCUCGGCGCUCGAGGGGACCCAGGUGCCCAACGACGCCGUCCAGCUCGUCACCACGCGCGAUGCCGUGUCGGAUUUAUUGAGCCAGGACCGUUUGGUCGACCUCGUCAUCCCCCGUGGCGGCAACGAGCUCGUCCGCCACGUCAAGAACAACACCCGGAUUCCCGUCCUCGGACAUGCCGACGGCCUCUGCUCCGUCUACAUUGCAGACGAUGCGGAUCCGACCCUGUCGGUCGACGUCGUCGUCGACAGCAAGACCAACUAUCCCGCCGCCUGCAACAGUGCAGAGACCCUCCUUGUCUCUCGCGGCGCCCUCUCCAGCGUCUUCCCCGCUGUGGCAUCCGCACUGGCCGCGAAGGGCGUGACGCUCCACUGCGACCCGGAGUCCCUGGCGGUCGUCCAAGGCACGUUGGGUACUGCCGCAAGGGCCGCCACCUGCGAGGACUUUGAGACUGAGUUCCUUUCCCUGGACGUGGCGGUCAAGACGGUCGACGGGCUGGACGCCGCUAUUGUGCACAUCAACAGCCACGGUAGCCACCACACCGACGCGAUCUUAACGGCCAGCAAGGAGGAUGCCGAGCGGUUCAUGGCUGCCGUGGACUCGGCCGGGGUGUACUGGAACGCGUCUACCCGUUUCGCCGACGGCAUGCGCUACGGCUUCGGCACCGAGGUCGGCAUCAGCACCAACAAGAUCCACUCAAGGGGUCCUGUCGGGCUUGACGGGCUCAUGAUUUACAAGUACAAAAUGCGCGGCACGGGACAAAUCGCCGGGGCGUAUGGUGAGGGGGAGGGCAAGCGCCAGUUUAUCCACGAAUCGCUGCCUCUGUAGAAAACGGAGAAAGUGUAUAACGAGAACAAGACAAACGAAAAGGUGCAAAAAGGAAUAAAAAGAAAUGUUACUUAUGAACAAUUAGUGUCUAUGGCGUUGUUGUAGGGUCGGACACACGGGUCGACUGUUGCUAGACUAGUUCAUAGGGUCCAUGUCCCGCCUCUUAACGGCAGAUUCAGCAAGAUAUCGAGGGGCCCAAGGGACUACCUGCUGAUAUCAUGAAAAUGAAAGGCUGUGCGUGACAUGUACAAAGGUCCCAUUCCCAAAAUCUAGGUACGUCUCUACCUAAUUACCUUGGUACUUACUUACCUAUAAUAAGUAUCUAGGGCGCAAGCCGUUUGUCUAAAUUGAUCAGUUUGUACGGCUAUUAAAUAGGCACUCAGCAUAAAUAUCCACUGUGUAGACCUGAUUGACUGCCCAGCAAGAUAAUUCAGCUGCUCGUUAUCGCUUCCUGUAAAUCAUGGUUCAUGGC